UGUCCUUUGCAGACCUGUGCGUAAACACCUUCUUCUGGUGGUGUGUGAUUGGUGGAGCCUGGCAGUCUGACCUCUCCGUACUCCACGGUGUUGUCCACUCUCGUCCUCUCCUCCGUUUUCCUUCUUAUCAGGAUGGACACCUCGGCAUACUCCACAUCAUAGCCGUCACCUGCACACACACAAGCACAGAGAUGUGUGUGUUUGUGAUCACACACACGUCAAACUUCCUCUUCUCUCUCUCUCUGGCUGUACUCAACUCUGGGCUCAUUUAAAUGUUCCAGAGAUGGGCUUGCCUGUGUGUGUGUGAGUGUGAAAGAGAGUAUUUGUCAAAAUGUGUGUGUUGCUUCCACAGAUGAGAGCUUUUACUGGACUUGUUGUCCUACUGGUUACGUCAACUUAUGGUCUGGAUUCCAUGUGUGAUGCUACUCAGGAUGCUGCAUGUUAUGGGGCUCUGGGAGGACCUGUCUACCUGCAGCUGAUGAGGAACACCAGAGGACACGAUCUGAGCCUCAAUUAUAACAGUAAACAUGUUUUUAAAUUCAGAAAAUCCAAGUCAGUGUUCUAUGAGGAGUUCAAUACCACAUCAGUCCUCCAGAGGUGGAAGUUUGUUCCUGAUAACGGGACCAUGAUUAUCAACCCUGCAGAGAGGAGAGACGCAGGAACAUACAGAGUGGAAAUCACUGAGUCAACGGGGAGAGUAGUGAAACACACAGUACAGCUGACCAUAGAAGCCACCAUGACACCAACAACAACUGCCCCCACAACUAUCUCAUCUGCAGCCAUGACAACCAACAAUGGAGUUCCCAUGGCAACAACACCACCACCUACUCCAACAUCUACAACCUCAGCUCUGCUGUGUGUGUGUUCCUCUGGAGGUAUUUCUCCAGUGUUCAUCAGUGUGUGGCUGGCAGAGAUCAUCAUCCUCACAUCACUGCUGGUGGGAGGGUAUUACCUCUACAUAAGAAACAGGACAUCACACACUCCAGAUGAGCGUAAGGACCAGGAAGUGGAGCUCACUCUGACCUCCACGAGUCGCAGGAGGAGGACACCAGAGAAGGUGCAGAUGCAGUGACUCCCCAUUGGCCCAGAGGAGGUGCAGCACCAGACUACUCCUCCAUUCCCCGUCCACUAUAGAGACUCUGAUCAGUCCAACAGUCAUAGUGCCUAUUUGUUACUAGACCCGUUCACUUUGGGAAGAGCUACAACUUCAAUUCAUCUGUUUGUUGACAUUGCUACUGUCUGUCUGGGUUAAUCCGGUCAGAUGCUCAUUGGUGGUAAAAUGUGUUUGUGUGUGUGUGUUUGGCAGUGUUCUACUAGUGUAGUUGUUUCCAAUAUGCUUCAAUAUGCUCAUAUUAAACUUAAGAUAAACUA